ACACUUGUUACAAGAUAAUAUACCAAUAAUAAUAAACUACUAGUUUUCUUUCAUUAUUUAAUAUUCCAAAAAUAUAAUUUUAUUUUAAAAAAUACUAAAAAAUUUGCAGCGUCAGCCCUGGCAGCACACAUCUUGGUCAAAAAAAAAAAAUGGAACCCAAUGACAACCAAUUAAGCUCUUUCUUCCACCACCACAACCACCAACAACAGCACCAUCACCACCCCCAACACCACCAACAACACCAUCAGGGAAAUUCCACCACUCUAGCCUCCGCCACCACCACCACCACCACCGCUUCUCCCACCAACGGCCUCGAUGGAUCCCACAUACUCUACCCUUCUGCUGUCUCCUCUCAGCUGGAACCAGCUAAGAGAAAAAGAGGAAGACCUAGAAAAUAUGGAACUCCAGAACAAGCCCUAGCUGCUAAAAAAGCUUCUACGUCGUCGUUUUCACCUACUUCUGACAACAACAACAACAACAACAGCAACAAGAAUACCAACUCUUUCAUUCCUUCUCCUUCUUUCACUUCUAAGAAAUCUCAUUCUCUCUCUCUAGGCAAUGCAGGACAAGGUUUCAGUGUACAUGUCAUUGCUGUUGCUGCUGGUGAGGAUGUUGGCCAGAAAAUUAUGCAAUUUGUGCAACAAAAUAGGGGUGAAAUAUGCAUUCUGUCUGCAUCUGGUUCCAUCUCUAAUGCCUCUCUUCGCCAACCGGCAUCUUCAGGAGGCAACAUUACGUAUGAGGGUCGGUUUGAUAUUAUUUCACUUACCGGUUCCUAUGUCCGUAAUGAAACUGGGGGGCGAAGUGGUGGUCUCAGUGUAUGCUUGUCUAAUUCUGAUGGACAAAUCAUAGGCGGUGGUAUUGGUGGGCCUCUUAAAGCUGCUGGUCCCGUUCAGGUCAUUGUUGGUACAUUUUCUGCCGACAACAAGAAGGAUACUAGUGCUGGUGGAAAAGUGGAUGCCUCUGCCGGUAAGUUGCCAUCACCAGUUGGCGAAUCAGCAUCAAGUUUAGGUUUCCGUCAAACAGUUGACAGUUCCAGCGGGAAUCCAAUGCGGGUAAAUGAUGAACAUCAAACCAUGGGGGGAAGUCAUUUCAUGAUUCAACAGCUUGGUUUGCAUGUCACACCUCCCAGGUCCACAGACUGGGGAAGUCAUCCAGAUUCAAGACAUGCUGGUUAUGACCUAUCAGGAAGAACAGGUCACGGGUCGCACCAGUCUCCUGAGAAUGGAGGCUAUGACCAAAUUCCUGAUUGAGAGUUUGAGAUGACUUGUGAGUUUGAAUAGCACCAUUGUUUUGGUUUACCGUUGUAUGAUAUCACUACAUACCAGCAGUCUGUCACGUGAUACUGUUUAUAGUAUGCACGCACCGUCCAUUAAGGUCUCGGCUUCUGACAUCUGAGAAUUUAUACUCAUGUUUUGUCCAUGAAAAAUAUUGUUUUGCCUCAUUUACUCGUGUUGUAUUUAAAAAUUAGGAUUGCCGGCUUAUACUUCUUAAUUUUUGUGGGUCUGUUAGUUUGUCUAUACCAUUAUAAAUAAGGUAUAUUUACAUAUAUAUAUAUGCUUCCUAGGUUA